GCCACGCAAAAUUGAACUCAUUCCCAAUUCUAAACCCUAAUCCUCACUGGUAGUUAGAAACACAGAAAUGUGUCUCGACGUAAAAGAAAGCGGGGAGACUCUGGUCGAAGCGGCGUUAAGAGUUCUGAACACAGCUGACCCAUUGGAGAAAGCUCGACUCAGUGACUCGGUCGCGACUAGAUGGCUGCAAGGGGCCAUAACUCAGCCCUACGAUCCAUCCGUGGACCUGCCAGUACCAGACCGCCCCGCCAGACUCACCAACGUGAAGUUGGUGUCGCCAAGCUUAAUGCCGAAGCUGGGGAAAGCAGGUAGCUUGCAGAGUAGGCAAGCCAUUGUGCAUAGUCUUGUGCAUACUGAGAGUUGGGCCAUUGAUCUAUCAUGGGAUAUAAUUGCACGUUUUGGUAAGCAAGAGGUAAUGCCAAGAGAUUUUUUUACAGAUUUUGUGAAGGUGGCUCAGGAUGAGGGGCGACACUUUACUCUGCUUGCUGCACGGCUGGUGGAACUAGGUUCUUUUUAUGGAGCAUUACCAGCACAUGAUGGUCUUUGGGACUCAGCAACUGCCACAUCGAAAGACCUGUUGGCACGUCUGGCAAUAGAGCAUUGUGUUCAUGAGGCUAGAGGACUUGAUGUGCUACCCACAACCAUCUCUCGAUUCCGCUGUGGAGGUGAUGAUAGGACGGCAGAUUUACUGGAGAAAGUCAUUUAUCCGGAGGAAAUAACUCAUUGUGCAGCUGGAGUGAAGUGGUUCAAGUAUCUUUGCUUGAGGUCUGGAACAAGAAGUUCCGAUCUGUUGUCUACUGAAAGUGAAAUGGGAGAAAAUGAAACUUCGUUAGAGGAGAUAAUUAAGAAGUUUCAUGUAAUAGUGAGGACACAUUUCAGGGGACCAUUGAAACCGCCUUUUAACAAGGAAGCGAGGAAAGCUGCAGGAUUUGGUGCUCAUUGGUAUGAACCUCUUGCCAUUAAGGAGGCUGCUCCUCAGGGUGUGAAUUGCAAUCUGGCCGGAACAAGGCAUUAUUAGUAUUUAUUCCCAACUUCCAUAGCUAAUAUAUUAUAAUUAUUUUUUAUAUGAAAUCCACAGAGCUGUUUGUGAUCGUCAGGGCUAGAAUGACAAUUUGAGUCUUGCGGAAUCUAAUUUGAUUUCGCAGAAUAGAUGGGUUCUUUUACUUGUUUGAAAGAUACAAGUAGUUCAUGUCUGGGAAGAAGAAUUCUUCCGCACGAAUGCAGCUUUCUAUUUCAUGACU